AUGGACCUCGAGGCUGUUCUUACCCUCUUCGAUUCAUGUUGGUUCAAUCUCCAAAUCCUUGAAAACCAUUUAAAUCCAACACGGAAAAACCCAGAUGGCAAAAUUCAAGAAAAACCAGCUGAAACUGUAUUUGAUUCAACAAAAUUAGAAAUCCAAAUGGAGUCGCAAAGCGAUGAUUUGAGCUACAAUUCAGAUUCAUUGUCGCCGGAUUCAGUUCUCCCAGCAACCCAUUUUCAAUCGGAUACUAAAAAGGCAGUACCGAAAAAAGCAAAGGGUAGAAGAAGGGAAUUGAGGAGAAGAAUAAAAAGGGGUCUUAGCAAGAGUAUAUCGGAGCUAGAAUAUGAAGAGCUAAAAGGGUUUAUGGAUCUUGGAUUUGAAUUCUCAGAAGAAGAUGUAAAUUCAAGUUUGAUUGAACUUAUUCCAGGUUUACAGAAAUUACGUAAAAACAGGGAUAGUGAUGAUGAUCAACAAAAAGUGAAUUUUUUUGAGAAAUCUGAUCAGUUAAGAGCCAGACCUUAUCUUUCUGAAGCAUGGGGAGUAAUUGAAAAGAAAAGGAAAAAGAAGCCAUUGAUGAAUUGGAAAUUACCAGAAACAAGCAAUGAAAUUGACAUUAAACAUAGUCUCAAAUGGUGGGCUCAUACUGUUGCUUCCUCUGUUAAACAACACAACAUAACCUAG